UAGCUAUCUUGCUAUGAACCUCAGAGAAGAAUGGCGCGUGGCCCUUGGACUGUUAAAACGUAUAAAGCCUGCCACGGAAAAGGAAAGUGCUGGUUCCGUCUUCCAGAAAGAAUAUUGACUAUUGAAAAAACUGAAAACGGAAUAUCCCGCAACAUCCUUCUUCUUCUCCACGCAACGGACAACCCUCUUUUCCUCUUUUAACUAUAAAUCCCUGAACGAGACAGUCGAACGAAAUCCAUAGGCAAAUCAACUUAAUUUUAAGUCCCAUUCAGUUCAGGUUUUCUAUUGUUACAAUGCAAAAGAGUUCUUCAGCUUCUUCUUUGGGUCCAGGUGGUCUAGACCUGUCUCAAUCCUUCUUCAAGCCCAUCCAGAACACCGCCCCACCUUCCCCCACCAAGCGCCACACGAAGGUAUCCGUCAUUGGAGUCGGUAAUGUUGGCAUGGCAAUCGCUCAAACCAUCCUCACUCAGGACUUAGUCGACGAGCUUGCCCUCGUCGACGCCAAGGCUGACAAGCUUCAUGGCGAAAUGCUCGAUCUGCAACACGCCGCGGCGUUCCUUCCACGCACCAAAAUCAACGCUUCCGUUGAUUACUCCGUGACUGCUGGAUCUGAUCUUUGUAUCGUCACUGCUGGCGCCCGUCAGAACCCUGGCGAGUCUAGGCUGAAUCUGCUGCAGAGGAACGUUGCUAUGUUUUCGAACAUUAUACCUCCGCUAGCAAAGUACUCGCCAGAUUCGAUUUUAUUGAUUGUGUCGAAUCCGGUAGAUGUGCUAACUUACGUGUCUUGGAAACUAUCGGGAUUUCCAUCAAAUCGAGUCAUCGGUUCGGGUACGAACUUGGAUUCGUCGAGGUUUCGGUUCUUGAUCGCUGAUCAUUUGGACGUCAUUGCUCAAGAUGUGCAGGCCUACAUAGUUGGUGAGCAUGGAGACAGUUCGGUGGCACUGUGGUCUAGCAUUAGUGUUGGUGGAGUGCCGGUGUUAAGCUUCCUGCAGAAUCAGCAUAUUGCCUACGAAAAGGAGACCCUGGAGAACAUUCACAAAGCAGUUAUCGGCAGUGCAUAUGACGUGAUUAAUCUCAAGGGGUAUACUUCUUGGGCAAUUGGCUACUCGGUGGCUAACUUGGCUAGAAGCCUGCUUAGAGACCAGAGGAAAAUCCACCCAGUUUCAGUCCUUGCAAAGGGGUUUUACGGCAUUGAUGGUGGCGAUGUUUUCUUGAGCUUACCGGCACAGCUCGGCAGGGGUGGAGUCUUGGGCGUGACCAAUAUCCAUUUGACGGAUGAAGAGGAGCAAAGGCUUAGAGAAUCGGCUAAGACUAUUCUUGAAGUUCAAAGCCAGUUGGGGCUUUGAGGAACCAACACAAAUUAUAUAAUGGCCGUUAGUCGUUACUGCUGUCUUUGCACCUUUACAAGGCCUUUUCAACUUGAGACUUCAAGUGAUCCUGUUUAUUCUUCGGUUUCAUAUAUUUAUCGUAACACGCUUCUACGUGUUUUUUUUUUUUUGAUGUUUGUUUUAAUUUUCUUUACUUCUCUUUUGAAGGUGUACGUCUUUCAUCAUUGGGAUUGUUUGUUGU